AUGAAACCCAUUGACCCAAAGGCAGAGGAGCAGAUCUCGCCGGUGUCGGAGCUCUCCGAUGAGGAGCAGGAACAUGUCUCCCCGGUGACAGACGAUGAGUCUGGCAAGGUCAUCGCCAAGCCCAAGGCCAUGCCACGCGCCUUCGCUCAAGCACCGGAGCAUGAACACGCUUCUGAUGUGCCACAGUGGGUGAAAGAGCACGAGAACGCCUGCUACGCCGCGUACGCGAAGCAGCCACCGGCCUUCCACCGACCCCGAGCGGAGGCGUGGCGCUGGCGCGCCCGGAGAGACUUUGUCAUGCCAGCGGUCGUGGCACCGUUUGGCCGGCCCGAACUCGAAUGCUUCAAGGAUCGAAAAUUGGCCAUGGCCACACGCCGGAUCUUGGAAGUUGCCAGGCAAUUGGCAGAUUCAGAGAAGAUGACUUGGCAGCAGAAGAAGAAGAGGAGAAAGAGGUUGCUACCUGUGGAGGUUCCAGGCAAGGUCUACCAGCUCUUCAAGCAGGCAUUCAACACGUACAAGCAGAUGCAACCUUGGAUGAGCGAUACCAUGAAGUUGAUGCUCAUGCGGGAGAUCAUUUGCAGCGUGCUCUACGUCGAGGAUCAAUUCUCCGAUCCACUCUUUUGGCGUAAGGUGGCUAAACCUUUGCAAGUGAUUGGCGUCGUGGUGCAUUUGACCAUCCCAGAACUGCCCAGGGCCAAAGCUGCAGAAGGGACGCGAGAGCCUUCUCCCCGAAAGGACGUGAAAGGACGGCAGAGGAGGUCACGUCCCAUCGAAGAGGACCUUGGGCCUCCAUACUACGCCACCUACGAGGUGGAUGCAGUGGAGUUCUCCCAGGAUAGCAUUGCAAAACGCUUCACCUGCGGCCGCUUUUUGGAAGACACAGUGGAUGAUUUGUUUACGGGGAAGGUGGAGCAUCUGAACACCAAAGCCUUCCCGUUCAUGCUUCUACUGGCCGUGAAAGUGGGUGACCGCAUCAUCAGUCGAUGCAACCGGCGGCUUUGGGCACUACGAGAGCUGCAGCGGCUGAAGCGAAAGAAAGAUCCUGAUGCCAUUGUGGAUGUGAAAGUGAAAGUCCGUGACAUCCUCAAUGAGACGGUCAAGGCCGUGGUCGAAGCUCGUGCCCCGGCCCCGAUCCUCAGCGCCCGGCUGAGAGACGGGCUGAAAGACGAGGAAGACAUUCAGGAUGACGGCUUUGAGGCUUUGUUCCAACACGCAGACGCUCCGGACCGCACAGAGGAUGUUGCGGACCGCACGGAGGGCGGAAGCGGCCGCCCACGAAAGCGGCAGCGCAUCGCCCCUGGUGAAGAUUGA